AUGACUUGGCACAGGGACUGCAGGAAGGCUGACAUUACUGUCAUUGACUUAGGACCUGGCGGACUAGUACCGUGCUGCAACAGCUGUGGAGAAGUCUGCCCUUCGAACGACAACGAUGCCCCCGAUGCCGAGCGAUCAGCCACCCAUUCGACACUUGCGCUUGAGCCUCCAUCACGUCAUGAGAACCUCCACUGGCCCUCGUCUGUUUCCUACUUUGAUGACGAUGAUUUUCUAAUCAGCCGUGGAACGGAUGCAUCACCCAACAGCCUCUUCCAGGAACAAUCAAAUGACGGCACAGGAGCAUCAUCCCUCGUUUGCGCUACAACCCCCCAACGGAAAUUACGCUUCCAAGAAUUAGGCGAAAGGCAAAUCCGCCUAUUGCAUCUGUCCAGCGGAAAUUUCAACGAUCUACUUCACAUUGAUCUUACAGUUGAGAACUUUGCAUUCGGGGUGGAAUAUGAGGCACUUUCAUACACCUGGGCCAACGAUGCAGGAGAUUCCCGGAAAACAUGCUCCGUUUAUUACGGCAAAGGUUGGGAGGUGAUCAGGGUCACAGAAAAUUGCGCCAACGCCCUCCGAAGGCUCCGCCACCGUAACAAGACAAGGACACUUUGGGUUGAUGCCAUCUGCAUCAAUCAAGAGGAUGUCGACGAAAGAAGUCAUCAAGUGGAAAUGAUGGCGGAUAUCUUCGCAUGCGCAGCAAGGGUCAUUGUCUACCUAGGCGAGAAUGAGCCUGAAUCCUUUGAAGAUGAACCGCUCUACCGUUCGCGUCUCCGUCAGCAGGUCGAAGAACUCUGCGGCAGACCAUACUUCUCUCGAAUCUGGGUAGUGCAGGAAUUGGUUUUUGCCGCUGACAAGACCGUCAUAUGUGGUUCUACAACGUGGGAUUGGGAAAUGUUUGAUACUAUGGCGCGCAGCCUUUCAGACGCCACCCGCAUAUCCUGGAUUCAUUACUGCAACGAUCGAAAGUACCGUGAGGGUUUAGAUCUGUUUCAGUUACUUUGUAGCACCUUAAACUGCAAAUCCUCUGAUCCACGAGAUCGAGUGUUUGCUCUUCUCGGCCUGGUUGUUGGAUCAAGAGCUAUGGGGCUCACGCCGGACUAUUCUUUACCACUUGCAGAUCUCAUGGUUGGAGUAACGGGCCACUUUCUCUUUCAUUGUUCCGCUCAGGAUUGCAAAACAAUUUUUUGUUUAGCCCGCAUGAAUGGUGUUUCUGCGUGGGCAUCGUGGGUCCCCAAUUGGGCGGAUGUUGGACAGCGGCAAUGGCUUGAGGCUGCUUCUGUCAGGCACAGCCAGGAAUACGUGGGCAUCGAGGAAAAAGGCUGGAGUCCACAUCUACUUUUGAGGUGUGUCGAAACUGAACGGCCAGCCAUUGGGAAGGCAACUGGCUGCCUUAAACUGAAAGGAUUCUUGGUCGCUUCCGGUCCCAACAUGAACCAAAUCACAUUUUGCGGUGUCUCGCCUUUUUGGGAAGCAAGCGCCAUGUAUACAUGUACAUGGGAUCAGCUCGAGGGAGUUGACAUCAUUGUUGUCUAUAUUCCCUGCUAUGGUUCAUAUUUCCUUCUUCGCUCUGCAACCACUUCCGCGGACCAUGUGGCAGCGAAGUCGAGUGAAAUUUGCGCCCUGGGCCCUUGUAGGCCAGACUUUGACGAUAUCACCACAAUACAUCCUCCCCAUUCAGUCCAUGACCACAACGUUUCAAUUUUAGCCAACGUAAACUCAUGGGUCAAAGCUCUUUUUCGAUCGGGCAUGUACGCGGGUGCCGAUCUAAGCGGCCUCGUGGAGCCUUGGACACAGCUUUUGGAAAAUAAAAUUGACUAUCCCAAGGAAACAUGGAAAAGGAACAGGCUCUGGGUACGAAUGCUGUUACGAAAGGCCGUAAUUCACCACCAUACUCUAUCCCUACUUUUGAAAAAGAGUAACGACACAGGAGAGAGGCAGAGCCUUCCGAGAACCCUUUCUUUGAUUAGAAACAUCAGCUUUUUCGCCCAAGAUUUGACGCGCUUUGUGCAUACAGGUGCACUUCUUGAUUCCGCUCUUACACUCGGCAUCUUUCUAUGGAAGAUUGCUCCGAUCCGUAGAUCUUCGAAAGAUCCCAUCCUGCAAUACGAGUCUCCAGUAUCCUACCAUAGCGAAAACCAGAUAUUGUUCAACUCUUUCAGCGACUUUCUAACGAAUCAUCUGAUUGAAGAAGACCCAGAUGACGAUUGGGGCUUCACAAGGCAAAACAAAACAUUGGUGAAGCAUUUCAUUGAGUUUCUCUCGGCCUACAUCUCCCUACCGCAAAACGCAAGUCUUUGCCCGUUGAAUCAUGACAGUGAACAUUCGAAUUUCCUCACCGGAAUCUCGACUUCUGAAAUGCCAAUUAACGAUGGCGAGUUUAGUCUCCUCCCCAGGCACACAAUUUGGUGUCUGACGGGCCGACAGUCGAUCGCCUCCGCAUAUCGCACACAGAACAAGCGGUGGCUAAAUUGGAGGGACUAUCCAGAUCCUGGUGUCAUACAAUGUAUGUGGGUGAUUGAUGAAGCUCUUUGCAAAAAAGGAUGGCAGGUCUUUGUGCCAGACUUGAUUGACGUGUAUAUCGCGUGA